UCCGCCUCUCUAGUCCGCCUUGUUUCCUGCCAUCUAUGCUGCUCUGUCAGUGCUCGGACGUUGCGUUAAGGUGCGGAUCCGAGUCUCGCUCUUGGGGAAAUUUGAGUAAAGUCAGACGACAUAUACGUCUUCAAAGGACAGUAACCGACCAUUUACAUUGAGACGCCAGACAUUUUAUCGCCUGUGUGCAUUGUAACUACAGUAAAAUGGAUCCAACGACUCAAUCCGCCCAGAUAUCUUCGUCGCAAGGGCUCGCCGAUGGACAGAAUUCUGCUAAAGAAUCAAAGCUAUCCGAUUCCUUUCUUUCCUCUUCGCCUGUAUCUCUCAUUCAGUCUCCUCAAGACGAAAGAGUCAUCCUGGGCUCCGACAAGCCCUGCGAAGGAGUUGCGACAUCCCUCCGCUUUCCUUCUCAACCUGGCUCAUUCACCCCUGAUAAUUACGGGAGUGAAGCGGGGCCGCCGGAUGGACAGCUGGAUUCGCCGAUAAUAUCUCCUGUGUCAGAGCGAAUAAAGGCACUGGAAGCUCUUGCUGCCAAAAAGAAGGAACCUGAUUUUAGAAGCGAUGGAGGGUUCUCUCACUUCAGAGACCGCCACCAUGAAAAAUCUCCCACUGACGCCCCCAAAUCUCCCACUGACGCCCCCAGACUUUCCACUGACGCCCCCAAAUCUCACGCUGAGACCCCCAAAUCUUCCACUGAUAAAAUGACACCAACUGUCCAGAAAAGAGAGUGUUCAGUUGAUCAGGAGUCACCAGAAUCCCCCUUUGAAGUACUUGGAGAUUUAAGGCAAGUGAAUGAAUCUGAAGAAACCGAAGAGUGGAUGAAGACUCAUUUACCUCCUGUGACAGACUUUGAUGCUGUAGAUUUAAUUGAAGGCAUGCUGACUUCUGAGAAUGUUGCAUCAAAGGAGGAGAAGGGGACUUGCAUAGUUAUACCUGAUGCUCCUGCUGCCUUUGCUGGUGUCCCUGCUGCUUUCAUGGAUUUUCCUGCUGAAGCUCCAAAACUGAAGGAUGAAUUCAUUGAUGCACAGAAGCAGUCAAGUGUUGAGGAAGAGUCUGAGUUUGACCUAAGCUUUUUGCCAACAGCCUACAUGUGGGAUCAGCAGGAAAAAGCAGGUGCCCAGGCUACAUCAAAUCUUAAUUCGGUGCUUCCAGCUUCGCCUGCACCUCCUUCCGGCUUUGACUCCCCAUCUCCUCCUGUCAGUCCACCAGUUGGCACGGAUGUUAAACACAAUGUUUCAGAUGACAAGAAGACCAUGUGGACCGGCGAUCUGGAGCCCCCAGAGGCAAGCGAAGCUGACAGUUCAGGAGAGUCAGACGACACUGUCAUUGAAGAUAGUGUCACUCUUCCUGCAUCUGUUCUUCCUGCAUCUUCUGAUCCAGCAGUUUCAAAUGAUCCUAUCCCUGCUCCUGCAAAUCCCAGUCUUACCACUGAGGAAAAUGAGCCUCCUCCACCAAAGUCUGAGAGGAAGCUAAUGCAGGUUCCUACAAUAAAUGUUAUUGAGACAGACGAGCCGAAUUACAGUGAAGAGGAGAUGGAAAUGGAGCUCGAAGAUGAGGAUUAUGAAGCUGUAAAAGACCUUGCUAGAGGAGCUUCAAAAACCCCAGAGCCAGAUGACGGUAAAAAAGAACCACCCAAAACACGCCCCUUAGAAACAGAAUUCAUGGAAGGCUACUCUCCUCCAUCCUCACCUGUGGAUUCUGAUGCUGAAUACUCUCCUAAACACAACAUACUCAAAUCUCUUCCUGAAAUAGUACAUCAGGAAUCUGCAUCAAAACCUGAGGCCCAAUCCAAUCAAGCUAAAUCUGAAAAAUCACAGACUACCUCCAGGAAAGUAAAGGAUGAAGUUUCCCCUUUCAUACUCUCAAAUGAAGAACCGGACUUCCCAGAAAAUGAUGACGAGUGGUCGAAUGAAGCACAAGAGAUCCUGGUCAAACCUUGCAAAACUGGUCUUGCGUUCAUGGAAACAACUCCUUAUACUCAAUCCAAGGUGGAUGAAAAGAGCAACACAGCUGCAAAAGAUGCUUACAUGGAGACGACUUCCCGUUCUAAAACUAGCUUCAUGCAAGAUGAUAUAUAUGACAGACAAUCAUUUGAUUAUGAUGCAUCCUCUCCCUUGGAUGAUAUUGAUGACAAAGGGUUAGACAAUGCUAAGCAGCGGUUUCUUUCUGAUCCUUCUCAAAUCCUCAUUGAACCACUGAAUGCAAGGAGUCAAAAUCUGGACGAUUUCACUUCAGUGAAUGAUGAUGAAGCCUUCCCCAAGCCAGUUGGUCAGCCAUCUCUAAGAGAAUAUCCCCAAGAUCCAUAUUCCUCUUUCCAAAGUGAGACACUAAGCGGCGUCAAUGAGCAAUUUUUCAUUCAGAAAAUGACCAUUGGUGUUGUUACAGAUAACAUGGCAAAUAGCAACUCCUUACCACCACAGAAAACUGCCUCAAAGAUCCAGCCGGACACUAAACCAGGUCACCAUACACCUAACUCAACAAGCAACACAGACAGCAUUGCCCCUGGCAGCUCAAUGUCUGAGCCUACAGAUAGCUUUGUGGAGUUCAUGCGAGAGUGCCUGAAAUCAAGGCAGGAUGAAGAACCUGACAACGCGCACCAAGCUGUCUCUUCCAAUAACAAGUUGUGCAAAACCGGUAUGUCUCCUUCCCAGUCCCCUCCAACCAUGGUGAUGGAUCUUGAACAAGAACGGCUUACUAUCAACGCUCUCAAAGAGUUAGGCAGCAGUCAAGAAGAGGAGGUGGAGCCUCUCCAGUUGAUGGUUCCUGACCAGAGCAAAGCUAACCCCAGCGUGACAUCUACAAAGCAGUCUUCAUUUGCCGCAGUUCCCAAUCCUCCAUGUUCCCAAAGCAACCAUGUGUUUGACAGCACGUAUUCCAAAGAGGUAGAAGCCAUCGACGAAUGGGUGGCUGAAGCCUAUCAUCUUGCUGAGCAUGUCUUGACAGCAAUACUAACCCACUUAUCAGUUAAGGAUCUGAUCUACUGGCGGGACCCCAAGAAGUCUGGCUUGGUGUUCGGGCUGUCCCUGCUGCUGCUGCUGUCGCUGGCAGCCUUCAGCUUCAUCAGCGUGGCCUCCUACCUCCUGCUGGCCCUGCUCUGUGUCACCAUCACAUUCCGCAUCUACAAGUGCGUCGUCCAGGCAGUGCAGAAGUCCAGCGAUGGACACCCCUUCAAAACACUGAUAGAUAAGGAUGUCAGCAUCCCACCAGAGAUUUUCCGCAAGCAUGUGGACUUCAGUCUGACACACAUCAACCGAGCCCUGAAGCAAAUGAGCCGCCUCUUCCUGGUCGAGGACCUCGUGGACUCCCUGAAGCUGGCUGUGGUCAUGUGGCUGUUCACCUAUGUAGGAGCCGUCUUCAAUGGAAUCACCAUUCUCAUCCUGGCUGACAUCCUGCUCUUCGCUGUGCCUCCCGUCUACGAGAAGAACAAGAGCCAGAUCGAUCAGUACAUCGACGUGAUACGCACUCGAGUCAACACCACAAUGGCCAAGUUGCAAGAGAAACUUCCUGGAGCUGUGAAGCGCAGCAAAACUGAAUGAUCAACCUCCCCCAAUUAGAAGCUUCCACGUCACCAUCAUCCUCAUCUCCAUUUCCAUCUUAGAGCCCCCUUACCUUCUCCUACCCCUCUCCAGAUAACCCCCUGCCCCAAUCUAACUCCUCCCCCCCUACUCCAUCAACCAUCACCAUCGUACUACACUGAACCUUGCUAGGUAGAAAAUCUCUUGAGCUACUCGAUAUUCAAUGUAAAACUACUGCGCAGCUUAAAUUGCAAGCAUUAAAAAGAACUGUGCCUGUGCAGACAGGAAGCGUGUCGCUAGCGAGGAAGUGAUGUAGCGCCGCGGCGGAGCCCGACUUGUCUGCGCACGCAGGGUCGAGUGAACUAGACUGAAUCUAUGACCUGGUUUUGUCGUGUAGAGCGAGCAGGGGGUGGAUGAUGGCUGUCUACGUCACAAAAAAAAGCAAAUGUCUGUACUUAAAACCACACAUUUGCCUGAAGGCAAACGGAUCUUAUGAGAUGGAAAAGUAAAGAAAAGGAAAAGUGUCCAAAAAUAAAUAAAAAAAGUGUAAUAAAACAAAUGUUUUGGGUGUAAUUGUGGCUAGUCUUAUCCUGCUCUCUUGCUCUACAGCUGUUAAUAUGAGUUAAUUUCAGAGGCUGGUAACGGGUUUGCUGUUACUGAUCGGCCUGUUGGUGAGUUAGCCUCCAUUAGCCUCACAUGCACUUCUGUAUGUUUCUGCAAUGCACUGAACUUUUAUUUUUUCAAACCCACGAGCAGGUUGAAAUGGAAGCGUUGGAACACUGAGCCAGCUGUGAUAAUUUGGUCUAGUUCACCCUCUUGAUCAGAUGCAUUUUUUUGAACAGUUCUCUGUAUGUAAAUAUCCACCUGAAGACGACUACAGGCUCUCUCUGCUGUACGGAAAACAAGUUAGCCUCGCUUUUUAUAUCAAAGGAAAAGUUCCCUCACAGCAGCACUGCUUUUGUCGCACCUGUUCAGUGUUGAGGUAUCACAUUCACUUGUACAUUUUUAUUCUUCUUCUAACUGCUUAUUACUAUUAUUGAUAUUAAUUAUAUGAUUGCUGCUUUGACUCCCUAGUAGCUUGACGACGGCAUUGUAAAAGUUCUGUUAAGUGUCAUUGAGCUUCGUUUUAAACUGGUGUUUCAGAGGCCUCUCCAGAAAUAAUUCCAGAUUGUUCAUUAAGUUAAGAGAUUCUCUCUGAUGUUUUGUCACGCCCUUAAAUCUCAAAACGACUUCCCAGCUCACAAUUGGUGAGUUAGAAAAUCUACUGCUGAGCGGUUUUGAGUUCCAAAGCUGUGGAGUAUAGAAUGUGCCACCAGAAUAAAUAUCGACUUUCACCGUGAUUCAUUAAAAAGUCUGCUUUCUAACAUUCUCUGGAGCUUUGACGACAGAGAGAUGUGGCUAACAUAUGGCUGACAGCUCUGGAAAAUAAUAAUAAUAAAGUUCAAAUGUGUUUGUCCUUUUUUGUUGUUUUUGGGUGAAGAAUGAACUUUCACUUUUAAAUAUAAUCAAUUAAACUAAAUUAAAUGGAUAAAUUAAAGAUUAAGUUUUUGUAAUUGCUUUUUACAAUGUUUUUUUAAUUCGAAGUCUAGCUAUUCUUUUGGCACUUUUUAGACUCCAUACAAACCUCAGCAGUGACCCGAGAGGAAGUAAAAUAAGAUUAAGAGGUUGCGAUGUUGAAUAAAGAGUGUAGCUGGGGAUAUGGACGCGGUUUUGGUUUAAAGUGGUUAUUAUAGAGCUCAGUUUGUCACUUUGUUCCUUUUCUUUGACUGCCAUGAAGCGCAUGUCAUAGUGUAAGCUGGAAACAGAUUCCCACCCUUUUAUAUAGGCUAUCAUAUGCUCUACCCUGACUUUUGUUUAAUAUGAUUAUUACUUGUGACUGUUUCAAUGGUGUUUUUGAACUCGGUAAACCAUAGUCAUAUGUUGGCCACUGCUACGUCUCCAUAUUGUUUUAAGGGAUGAAUAUAUAGAAGGAAAUGAGUGUGUUCGUGUUGCUGUCCAGUUCACUGCGCCCCAAAUUAAGUUUGCACGGAGUCCCCUGAAUACUGAACAGCCUCUAAAUGCAGCAACUACCCAUUACUACUACUACUACGUCUGCCUGUGUACUGGAUGUUUUCUCUGGAACAUUCCUCCCUAUGCAUGCUCUCCGCUGUGUGGUCGCCUCACUCGUGUCUCGGUUGACCCCUCUAGCAUGCAGUCUCAUUCAGACUCUGGCGUUAAAGCCAAAAUAUGUAACAUUUCUGUUGUAGAUGCUAGUUGUUAGCCGCCCCCUCAAAUGGGCAGGUGUUGAUGAGCUGUCAACUCAACAGAUGCUGCUAACCUCAGGUUAGCAGCAUCUGUAAAGGCGCUAAAGAAGCAGACUUCAAGUGUGAGGAAGGGGGGUUAGGCCUGAAUACUGACACUGCUAAUGUAUUAUGCAUUCUGUUUAUUUGAAUGUGGAGAAGUUGCAUAUUGUAGCUUUAUGUUGUCAUCUAAAAGCUAAACUUCACGCAAGCUAAUGGAGCACAUUUGUAUUGGUUGACGUUUGUUCAGUUGAUUUAAAGGGCCAUUUCAACCAAAUUACAAAAGAACAUACUUGUCUCUGCCCGUCAUCCAGAAUUCGGAGAACUAAUGUUACAUUUAGAACUGUAGUUUUAUUUUUUUAUUUUAAGAUUUCUAAUGGGGUGUCAUUUGUGGUGCUCACAGCAUUGAAUUAUGAGUCUGGGACUAUUUCUUCUUUAAAACGUAGUUUCAAGGAAAACUGUUCACAAUGAGCAUUCCAUUGUGUUGUGGUGGAGGUGGGAAUCUGAGUCGCUGAUUCAAUCUACAAAUAUAUUUUUGGUUGAACUGACCCUUUAAUGUUCACCCAGCUACCCUCAGGCUGAACCAGCGUGACGCUAUGAACGUGAACUAGCUUCCCCAUAUGCAGCACCUUUAACUGUAGUUCAGGAGAGGCUGCGUUAGCUUGCUACAGCGCCACGGCUAAACGGAUCACUACUCCUCAGAUUCAUAGCUAGCUUAUUUCUUUAGAGUGUAAUAUAUAAAAUGAAUUAAACCUGUUCCCUCACAGCAUGUUGCUUUUCUCCUUUUCCUGUUCGUCCCUGUGUUUUUAUUGGGUAUGGCAGUGUGUGUGUGUGUGGCAGGAGUGUGUUUGACUUCUUUUUCUUUUCUUUUUUUGUGUCUGGAGAGUUUAGCUUUGGACUCUUUACUGGUGUCUAGAUGUUGUUCACUAACAUCAGCUCUGUUUUGUAUUAGCUAUGACUUUGGUUCUGAUUUUUGAAGCUUUGGGAAAGAUGUUGCAGGAAAAAAAGUAGAAAACUGUCAAAAAAAAUAAAAAAGUUUGUGGUCUCUGUACUGAUGUCAAAGUGAAAUUAAUAAAAACACGUCAAAGGAC